CCUCUCCACACACACACAGAUGCUCAGGGACUGUUUACAGCUGCUACCUCAGUACAUGUGAAUUUAAGGGAGCCAAGAAUGCUGCUUUGACACUUUUUGCUUUCAUUUGGAAGAUCUGAAACAAUGCUCGCUUGUGUUUAAGAUGAAAAUGCACAGCUGUCUGGUGUGUAUUGUCACUUAAAAGGGAGCAACUGAAACAGACUUACCUUCACAAUGAGGACAUUUCUACCGGCUGCAAACUGAUCUAAACAGGAUUUUGUUGUGAUGUCAUCCAUCAUUUUUACGCUGUUCCUUCUCCUGGGAUUAAAGGUCACUGGCACAACCACUGACACAUGGAGACACUGUGCAGAUUUGCUCCCUCUGGAUCUUCUUUCUUUCGUGCUGGAGAGGGAUCCCUCCAAACUGGUACCCGGGGUGAGCAUGAGGCAGGCCGGAGGGGUGAGUGGAGUACAGUUCUCGAGCCCGCACCCCUCCAUGAGCUUCCCCUCCUCCCAGCUGCUGGUCGACUGCGACCUCUUCCCCAAAGAAUUCUCCUUCGUUUUGACCAUUAAAGUCUCUGACACUGCGACAAAGAGAAAUGAAUACAUAUUUUCCUUACUGGAGCCAAAAAACCACGAGAGACAAGAAGGGGUGAGAAAGGAAGAGGAGAACACUAAUGGAAAUGAAAAUGGGAACAUUUCGCAAAGGACUAAAGAGAGCGAGCGACACGGGGAGAGAGGACGGAUCAUCCUUGGUCUGAGGCUCUCGAGGAAACGUCUGCACUUCCUCUACAGAGGUCACGGAGGGGUCACGGAGCACUGGGUGUUCGGAGGAGCUCGACUGGCCGAUAACCAGUGGCACACUUUGGUCCUGGCCGUCGGUCGUCAACACGUCAGACUCACAGUGGACUGUAACUCACCACUGGAAAUUGUUCCCUCAAGGCCUUUCCCCUCAGACCUCAACAUUCAGGGAGCCAGAUUCCACAUUGGCAGCCGAGGGAGAUGGAACGGCUUGUAUUCAGGUCUGUUGCGGCAGCUGGUUUUGGUGCCGGGUUCUGAUGCCACACAUUACGUCUGCCCGUCUUCUGAUCCCAAACUCGCAGCUCUGUCGGUGCCACCACUGCUCUCAGACCUGCCUGCCACGGGGAGAAAUGACGACAACCAAGUCACCUCCUAUGACUCAGACGAGCGUGUGUCAGUGGGGUUGGAGCGGUCAUGCUCUGAGCUGCUUCAAGGUCAGAUGUGGUUCAAUCCACUUAAGAAAGGCCUCUACCUCUGUGACGGGUCAGUGUGGAUCGCUGUGCUAGAGGAUCACAAACGACUGGACUAUGUGUUGGAACACCAGGUCCUCAGCACCAGCUCAGAGACACAUGACAUAGAGGUGUUCCAGGUACCCGGCGUGGGCCUGAUGGCUGCGAUGGCUCACCGGUCUUCAGCCUCCGGUUCUGCUUUGUAUCUGUGGAGCCAUUCAGGCUUCCAGCUCUACCAGAACAUCAGCACGUAUGAAGCUCUGGCCUGGAGACACUUCAGUAUGGGCAAAAAGAUAUAUCUGGUGGUGUCGAACUCUGGAGGAGGGCCAGACAAACAUUUGAAGAAAGAAUCAGGGACGGACUUCUCUGUGAUUUACAAGUGGAGCAAAAGGAGUAAGAAGUUUGUGCAGUUCCAGACGCUGCAGACGCACUGUGCACGAGACUGGGAAGCCUUCAGCAUCGACCAACAAACCUAUCUCGCUGUAGCCAAUCAUAGACAAGGUGAUACUAAUCACACGAUAGACAGUGUGAUUUACAAAUGGAACAAGUUGACAAAGGUCUUUGAGGUUCACCAGACCCUGCUGACCUCCGGGGCGUACGACUGGGAGUACUUCACAGUAGGACCGUAUCACUUCCUGGUGGUAGCGAACGCCUUCGAUGGAGUGACCACGACUGUCGACUCAGUCAUCUACAUUUGGAUCAACGGCAGCUUCCAGGUGUUCCAGACAAUCAAGACAUUCUGCGCCACAGACUGGGAAAUGUUUCAGAUCGGAACGCGAGUCUUUUUAGUCGUUGCCAACGGACACAGACUGCAAGGUAAAGGCCCGAGUCAGUACGCCAUCAACUCCACCAUCUACGAACUGGACAUGAAUGGACAGGUGUUUGUCCGCUUCCAGGAUAUCAUCACUUACAGCGCAGUGGACUGGGAGUUCUUCAGCCUCGGGGAGGAACAUUUUCUGGUUGUUGCAAACUCCUUCAACGGAGAAUCCUAUUCUCUCAACAGCAUUCUCUACAGGUGGCAGGGAUAUGAAGGCUUUGUUCCUGUUCAUUGGCUCCCAACGAUUGGGUGCAGUGAUUGGGAGUUUUUCAGCUUGAGAGGAGAAUCGUAUCUGAUCUACUCUAGUGCCAAAGCUCCUCUCUCCAAAGUGUUCAAGUUGAAAACCUACUAGGCGACCAAAGAAGAGUGUGCAUUUGGGUCUUUGUACUGUAUUUAUGUGUACAUAAUUGCUGUCCUUCAUUGUAAGUUUAUGUAUGUUUCUUUUUGAGAGAAUAUUUGCGAUAAUAGAGCUGGACGUUUGUGAAUGUGUCUUUGUAAAACUCUGCCUGUUUGCAGAUUCAAAAUAAGAAGGGCUAAGAGGUUGUCAAGGUCAUACACUAAGCACUGUUUCAGGGAUGAUGUCAAACUUUUGUUAAUUACUUGAAUGUGUGUUCUCAUAAAACAGAAUAGCCUUUUUUUCUUAUAUUGCCUCUGACUGUAUGAAUUAAAGGUUAUAAAAAGGUAACAGUAAAUUAUUGAACCUACAAUAAACAAGACUUAAUAAGUU